AACAAAGUUGGUUACAAAUCACACUGGGUUGUUUUUUUUUUUUUCACCCUUCUUUAGCAGGCGACCAUGGGGAAAGUGACCACUGCUGUCAGAGCGGGCAGCCGGGGCGGCGCGGUGCCGCGGGGGCGCCUGUAACUUCUACGCGACCAUGGUACCUGUUGAAAACCGCGAGGGCCCCGGGCUGCUGAGCCCCAAGGGGAGAGCGGCCGAGACCGAGGGCGGCGGCGCAGCCGGCGGCGGCCGGCAUCCUCCCGGGGCCAGAGGUUGCGGCAUGUUUACUCUCCUGUCAUCUGUCACUGCUGCUGUCAGUGGCCUCCUGGUGGGUUAUGAACUUGGGCUCAUCUCUGGGGCCCUUCUUCAGAUAAGAACCUUAUUAGCCCUAACCUGCCAUGAGCAGGAAAUGGUUGUGAGCUCCCUCCUCAUUGGCGCCUUGCUGGCCUCCCUCACUGGAGGGGUCCUGAUUGACAGGUAUGGAAGAAGGGCUGCCAUCAUCUUGUCAUCCUGCCUCCUUGGACUCGGAAGCUUAGUCUUGAUACUCAGUUUAUCUUAUGCGGUUCUCAUAGUGGGCCGCAUUGCUAUAGGGGUUUCCAUUUCACUCUCUUCAAUUGCCACAUGUGUUUACAUCGCAGAGAUUGCUCCACAGCACAGAAGAGGUCUUCUUGUGUCCCUGAAUGAGCUAAUGAUUGUCAUCGGCAUACUUUUCGCCUACAUUUCAAAUUAUGCGUUUGCCAAUGUUUCCCAUGGCUGGAAAUAUAUGUUUGGCCUUGUUAUUCCCUUGGGAGUUUUGCAAGCAAUUGCAAUGUAUUUUCUUCCUCCAAGUCCCCGGUUUCUGGUGAUGAAAGGACACGAGGAAGCUGCUAGCAAGGUUCUCAGAAGGUUGAGAGCCAUCUCGGAUACAACGGAGGAACUCACUGGGAUAAAAUCUUCCCUGAAAGAUGAAUAUCAGUAUAGUUUUUGGGAUCUGUUUCGAUCAAAGGACAACAUGAGGACUCGGAUAAUGAUAGGCCUGACAUUGGUAUUUUUUGUACAAGUCACCGGUCAGCCAAACAUAUUAUUCUAUGCAUCAACUGUUUUGAAGUCUGUUGGCUUCCAAAGCAAUGAGGCAGCUAGCCUCGCCUCCACGGGGGUUGGAGUUGUCAAGGUCAUCAGCACCAUCCCUGCCACUCUUCUUGUAGACCACAUUGGGAGCAAAACCUUCCUCUGUGUUGGCUCCUCUGUGAUGGCAGCUUCAUUGGUGACCAUGGGCAUCGUGAAUCUCAACAUCCCCAUGAACUUCACCAAUAUCUGCAGAAGCCAUAGCCCUAUCAACCAGUCGUUGGAUGAGUCUGUGUUUUAUGGGCCAGGAAACCUAUCAGCCAGUGAUGACACUCUUAGAGAGCUCUUUAAGGGGAUCACUACCCAUAGCAGAAACUCCCUAAUGCCCACAAAAAAUGAUGUGGAUAAGAGAGGGGUGACGACCUUACCAAAUGCUGGAAUGAGCCAAGCUGAAUACCAGAUAGUCACAGACCCUGCGGACGUCCCAGCUUUCUUGAAAUGGCUUUCCUUAGCCAGCUUGCUUGUUUAUGUUGCUGCUUUUUCAAUUGGUCUAGGACCAAUGCCCUGGCUGCUACUGAGCGAGAUUUUUCCUGGUGGAAUUAGAGGACGAGCCAUGGCUUUAACUUCUAGCAUGAACUGGGGCAUCAAUCUCCUCAUCUCUCUGACAUUUUUGACUGUGACUGAUCUCAUUGGCUUGCCGUGGGUGUGCUUUAUAUAUACAAUCAUGAGCCUAGCAUCCCUGGUUUUUGUUGUUGUGUUUAUACCCGAGACAAAGGGAUGCUCUUUGGAACAAAUAUCAGUGGAGCUGGCAAAAGCGAACUAUGUGAAAAACAACAUUUGUUUUAUGAGUCAUCAUCAAGAGGAAUUAGUGCCAAAACCGCUUCAAAAAAGAAAACCCCAAGAGCAGCUCUUGGAGUGUAAAAAGCUGUGUGGUAGGGGACAACCAAGGCAGCUUUCUCCAGAGACCUAAUGGCCUCAAACCUUAGAAAUGUUGAUAAAGUAGAAGAACAAUCCGAAGGGUGUCUUUGUACCAACACAUAUUGGCCACUCCCAUGUCUUCUCCUUUGUGUUGCUGAGCUAGUUUUAGAGACACCCUGAAAUUAUAAAGACCACCUUUAACCUCCACCUCUCGAAAGGUAAAUGAGGUACAAGAUCCCAUGAUCCCUUUCUUACUCUGCGUAGGAUACCAGGUGAAACACAUACUGGCUGGUUCAGUACUAUGCACUUUUUUCACAGAGCAACCUUUGAAAAACUAUGAACUAGUAAUGCGAUCAACUUUUGCCUUAAGGUAUGUAUGUACAGAGGCCGGUGGCAGCUUUAUGACUCAGACACUGAAGUGGCCUGAACACGAGCUUAUGGUUUUUUGCCCACUACAACAGUACUUGCACUGGGCCUUCUGUAAAAAAGAACCAGGACACAACGUGGGUAAUUGCACCUCUGGUCUAGAUUAGGAGAGGAUCCUGGCUAGGAUUUCAGUGAUAAUUCCUAACUGUAGUUCAACAGGUACAAAGAUUAUGCAGCUGCUUUUAUGAAUUAUGAACUACAGUGUAAUGCCCUUUUAUGAAUUUUAUGUAUAAAAUAUUAAAAGAAACAAUUCUGCAAUAGGUUGAGAAAAGUAAACAUUUUCCCACCCAUUUAAAAAAAUACGACUAGAAAGGACAAUUUCAAAAUGCUGGGACCAUUUUUAUUUAGUAAUACCUGUUAGUAAAACCUUAGAAAAGGAGUCAGGCCAUUAGGUUAUUAAUCCAAAUCUCUAAUCAAUUAGGUGUGAGUUAUUAAGUCAAGCUUAUAAAACCCUCUCCUUGGAAGGCUUUCAUGAUGACUUAAUAGUGAUCCAUAGCUUCCUGCAAUUCUUUGCACUCCUCAGGACUGUCACUACCUCAGGUUAUGGCAUGCGGGCUAGCACUGAUGCGGACUUUCAGAUGACUGCAGAUGUAGUGAGUGACAUUCAGGCAUCAGGACAACUCCCUCACCAUGUUCUUCUUUAGGAUGAAAUGGAGGUCACCAACUGUACCAGAAACUUGGGUUUUUCCCACACAACAAUGAAUUGCUCCCUUCUGUAUUUCUCCAGUUGAAUAUUAGGACUCGGUGAGGUAUUUUACCGAUUUGGAUAUGAUGACAGAAAAUCUGCAAUAAAGAAUCUCAAUCUACUUAAGUAGUGACCCAUUAAAUUACUAUUAUAAGCUAUGGGAGACACCACAAAAACUUAAAAGCAUGAACAACCUAACUUGAAAAAGAAUAAAACAUUACGAUUGGCCUAAAGAAAAGAGAACCCCUAAGAGCCGAAACCCUCUGUUAUUUAGACUGGAAUUUUCCUAUUGACCCCUAACAAACUGUCCCAGUUUGGUGUAAGGGUAUAUGAUCUAGGAAUUCCCCUAUAACAAAAUGGAAAGACUAUAAAUCUAUGUAAGUAAUAGUGAAACUGUAUUAGCAGAGACUCAGGAGAAUGGCUGAAAGUCCUGAUUCUGAAAUGUAUUACAUAAAGAUUGGCAGGGGAAAGUUACAAGGAAGGGAGACUUGAGAUCUUCUACCACAGCACAUUUCCUAUGCAAGUUAGAGCAUGUUUUCUGUUUUAUUUUGGAAGGAGAAGGAAAAGUGUGUUCUGUAGAGGAUCAGUUUAAGAAAUUUAUUAUGAAUCCUCAGUGGAAUUAUAUGUGGAGCUGAUUUUUAAAAAAUCAAGACAGGUAAUCAAUUCGAAUUUUUUUCUUUGUCAAGCAUCACAGAUUGUAGGAUAUUUAACAAAAUUGUUACAUGUUUCCUUCAAAGUUCAAACACUGUAUAUCUACAUUAGCAAUUUCUUGUUUUAGCCAUUCAUCAUAAAUGGGUAGGAAAUUGUUCAUAAACUUAGGAGGUUUAUCACUAGUGAUUUCAACUUCAGUAUCUUAAACCCGCUUGUAUUUUUCUAUUAUCCUGAGUCUGUAACUAAAUAAUUCUGUCUUCAAACAAAUUUUUACCCAAUACACCCCUAACCAGAGCUUUUUGAUUUUCAAAAAUAAAAAAAGGGGGAAUACUUAUCAUUUGUAUGUAUAUAUUCACAGUUUUUAUUUAUAAAAAAAUUUACAGCACUUGUGAAGAGCCAGCAGAAGACAUCAGACACGCUCAUUCUUACCAGCUUCGUUAAGUUUAGUGGGUUAUCCAUGACACUUUGCCAGGUGACGCUCACACAGCAGCCCUGAAACCUGACCUGGUUAGAUUGUCUUUCUUCCUCUUUUCUGAGAAAGCAUUUUGAUGAGCUACUGAUCUACCUACUUUUCAAGUCACUUGAAUACUGAAAAUACAACAUCUGGAUCUGCACCUUGGCCAUAUAAUCAUGUUUUCCGCCUUUUCUGUAUUUCUUUUUUUUUUUUUUUUUGGGUGAACAUUUACAAAACAGGUCACUUAUUACUGUUGAUUAAAGCUAAGUGGAAAAUCUCAAUUUUUAAAAAUAGUCUCCCAGAACCUGUGACUUCUUCACCGAAUUGUAUCCUCUAUAUUUUAUGAGGUUUACCCUAUACUGCUGGAUCUUAAAAUGAAGCAAAUAAACACAAUGUAAAAGAAAAAAAAAAAAA